CGCUUUUGGUUUCUUCUGUUUUUAAGCCCAAGAAUACAAAUCUCUUCUUCACUCCAUCUCUCUUAGCCCGUGAACUCGUCUCUCAUCUCCUUCUCUGGUUCUCUGUGACGUUCCCAUAAGCACAAGAAUAUUCUUUCUAAUGGCCAUUCACUAGCUAACCAAAUGUUUUCUAUUUCUUUCUUUCAUCUGUUUUUGCUCUGUUUUCUUGUAUUAGCCACCGCCACUACUGAAUUCGACUUCGGUACUUUAACUCUAAGCAGCCUCAAGCUCCUCGGAGACGCCCACUUAAACAAUGGGAGUGUUCGCCUCACUCGUGACCUCGCCGUCCCCACCUCCGGUGCAGGAAAAGUUCUUUAUUCUAAGCCAGUUAGAUUUCGGCAACCCAGUACUCACUCUAUUACGAGUUUCACCACUUUUUUCUCAUUCUCUGUUGCCAAUCUAAACCCGUCAUCUAUUGGUGGCGGGCUUGCAUUUGUCAUCUCGCCGGAGUCCGAAACUAUUGGUGCUGCCGGCGGGUGUCUUGGACUCCUCAACUCUGAUGGGAUUGGCUCGGGUUUCGUGGCUGUCGAAUUUGAUACUCUCAUGGACGUGGAGUUCAAAGACAUUAAUGGAAAUCAUGUGGGUUUGGAUCUGAACAGUAUGGUUUCUUCUCAGACUGGUGAUUUAGGUGCUAUAAAUAUCGAUCUUAAGAGCGGUGAUCUUGUUAAUGCGUGGAUCGAGUACGAUGGGACCAAUCGUGGCCUUAACGUCUCGGUUUCAUACUCCAAUCUUAAACCCAACGAGCCGAUUCUAUUGCUUAGUCUUGAUCUAGAUCAGUACGUGAAUGAUUUUAUGUACGUUGGGUUCUCUGGGUCGACGCAGGGAAGCACAGAGGUCCAUAGUAUUGAGUGGUGGAGUUUUAGUUCUUCCUUCGACUCAAUAUCUGGUUCUGGGUCAUCUUCUCCGCCAUCUCCAACGACUAGUUUGACGAACCCAACGGCGAAUUCUGGAAAGUCCCCGCCGCCAUCAUUGGCUCCCACUGGUUCUGAUUCGAUUAAUAGUCAAGCAAAGAACAGCAAGUCUUCUUCGUGUCAUAACCAGCUCUGUAAGCAAGGACCAGGGGCCGUUGCAGGGGUGGUUACCGCAAGUGCUUUUUUAGCCAUUUUUGCUGGUGUUCUAAUCUGGGUAUUCUCCAAAAGGUACAAGCAAGUAAAAAAUACCGAGUCUUUUGCGUCAGAAGUUAUCAAAAUGCCAAGGGAAUUUAGCUACAAGGAGCUCAGAUCAGCCACGAGAUGCUUCAAUGCAAAUAGAAUAAUAGGACAUGGUGCAUUUGGGACUGUUUAUAAGGGCAUAUUGCCAGAGACUGGCGACAUUGUAGCAGUGAAGAGAUGUAGUCAUAAUAGCCAAGGAAAGAAUGAGUUUUUAUCUGAACUGUCUAUAAUUGGUACUCUUAGGCAUCGAAAUCUUGUUCGGCUUCAAGGGUGGUGUCAUGAGAAAGGUGAAAUCUUAUUGGUUUAUGAUUUAAUGCCCAAUGGAAGCCUUGACAAAGCAUUGUUUGAAGCGAGGACACCUCUUCCAUGGCCACAUAGGAGAAAAAUUUUACUUGGUGUUGCUUGUGCUCUGGCUUACUUGCAUCAAGAAUGUGAGAACCAGGUGAUUCAUAGAGAUGUUAAGACUAGCAAUAUUAUGCUAGAUGAAGGGUUUAAUGCAAGAUUAGGAGAUUUUGGCUUGGCUAGACAAAUUGAGCAUGAUAAAUCACCAGAUGCAACAGUAGCUGCAGGUACAAUGGGAUACUUAGCUCCAGAGUAUUUAUUAACAGGAAGAGCUACUGAGAAAACUGAUGUGUUUAGCUAUGGAGCUGUGGUUCUUGAGGUGGCUAGUGGGAGAAGACCAAUUGAGAAAGAAACUACUGGGGUUGGAAAAGUUGGGGUUAACAACAAUUUGGUGGAAUGGGUUUGGAGUUUACACAGAGAAGGAAGAUUGCUAAUGGCAGCUGAUGCAAGACUUGAAGGUGAAUUUGAUGAGAAUGAAAUGAGAAGGGUUCUGCUGGUUGGGCUAGCUUGCUCUCACCCUGACCCAUUGGCUAGACCGACAAUGAGGACUGUAGUCCAAAUGUUCGAAGGUGAGGCUGAAGUCCCUAUCGUUCCAAGAGCCAAACCUACUAUGAGUUUCAGCACUUCCCAUCUAUUGUUGAGCUUGCAGGAUAGUGUGUCAGACUGCAAUGGCAUGGUCACCAUCUCAACUUCCUCAUCAGAAAAUAGUUAUAUUGGUGAUGACAUAGUUUGAUCCAAAAAUGGACGAGUGGGAUUCCACAACUUUUGUUUAUUAACUCAUAAUUAUAUUAUUAUUCGUUUUUGUAUUUAUAACAAAAUAACAUUCAAUAUAUAUAAUAUCACAAGCGGCUUAGGGGUAA